GGCAGUUAUUUAAUUUAAGCUUUUUAAUAGAUUGUUGUCAUGUUACAGUUAGUUAUAUAUUUUACGACAUUUUGAAAUCGUAGGCUAUUGCAAUGUACCGUAUUCGAGAUGAGCACAGGACGAUUACUUCCUCUACGAUCAGGGAUCAACUUAAAGGCUAAAGCGAUGUGUGUUUAUAAAUAAUUGUAAACCAAAAUGGCUAACGGUAUGCCGCGGUCAGGAGCUUUCGAAGUGUUUAUUCGGCAGCAAUGGUGUCCCGUUAGUGUAACUUUAAAUGAAGAAUCAAUCACGUUGACACUUACUGAAAACCCUGAUCAGUCAGCGGCAUCGAACGGGUCUGUUGAUGCAGGACAUGGAUUAACGAAUGGAAAUGCUGAUUUGCCCGAAUCAAUUACUGGCCAAAAGCGCUUAGUGAAGGUAAUUAGAUUUUCUGCAACUGUGUUUAAUUUACCUCAUUAACUACAGGUUAAUAAGGGGCACGUACCGCGUCUCACUAGGCUAAUAGGGGCCAUCCAUAAAUGAGGUUAAGCAAAUUUUGCCGAUCCCCCCCCAAAAAAAAAUCGUCACAAAAAGUUAGACCCCCCCCCCCCCUCAAAUAUAACGUCACAAAUCUCUCAAUUCUCUGCACCACCACCCCCCCCCCCCUAUAAAAAUUCAAAAACAAUUCACCUAGUCCUAGUCAUCACAAAAAUCUGACCCCCUCUUCCCCCCUCCCUGACAAGUGACAUCAUUUGGUCCCUUACAAUAAUGGAAUAUGAAAGUACAAAAAUGCACUAAAUUACAUAAAUUUUUAACUUUAUUCUUUGAUACAACAAUUAUAGUCAUUUUAUUUUUAAAAACGAUCAAAGAGAGAAUCAGUACAGGUAUGCAAGGUCUGAAAAAUGGCCUCUGAUAAAGUUAUAGUAUAGGCAUAGGCCGCCACGGAGGAGGAGAAUAUGGGUGUAGUGACAUUGACAGUCGUGAAAAUUUAUGUGGAGACGGGAGUCAUAGAAUUAGGGAUUAUUGUCCUUUUAUUUCUCUAACACUAUUUAACUUUCUAGAAACAAAAAAAAAUUACCAAUACAAGUAAUGCGCAAACAAAAUUCACCAGAAAAACAUUUACUAUUGCUAGUCAAAAAUGAAUUUUUAAAAUUAUUUGACUGGUAUUUGUAAUAUACCUUUUAAUUAUAUUAUAUGUCAACUUUGUUGAGUUAAAUUAAAAUUUAGAUUAUCAUUAUGGACAUUAUGGUCCAGACUCAAACGCCUGUGUCGGAAAUGGGAUGUAAUUUUACCAUACAAUUUUCUGGGUCUUCCGCACCUUAGGGAAUGCUUUGACCCUUAGUUAAGAACCACUGUUCUAGUGAAAGGUUUCUGACACAGGCAGGUACAAUAAUUCGAUAUCCAUAGGAGCUGAAUUUUUUAAGGGUUUGUGAAGGACAGUUGUGGAAAGAGGGAUGUUUUAUUGGGUGCAGAGGCUUGUAACCUUAUAUGGGGGGGGGGGGGGGGGGGGGGGCGCGGAGUUGUCUAACUUUUCAUGAUGAUUUGUGAUAAUAGGGAAGAGAGGGGUGUGUUAAAAUCUGCAAAAUUUGUGUGACAUCAUUUUUGGAUGGCUCCUUAGCCUUAGUGGCCCUUGUAUAUAUUAUAUUUAUUUUUUAGAAAUUUUUGAAUUGGGAUGAGGGUUUCAUUCAUAAACAUCUUCAGCCAUGAAUUUAACAGAACAUCAAUUUUUCUUGAGAUCACAUUAUUUUCUUUAGUGAAAUAACAUGUCAAUCUUAAGUAUGGAGAUAGUUCGAUCUUAAAAAUCCAUUAAAAUAUGUUUUUCCUAGGUUAUUAAAGAAGAGCAGCAUGGCUUGGGCAUCAGCAUUAAAGGAGGCAAAGAAAACCGCAUGCCAAUACUUAUAUCAAAAAUUUUCAAGAACAUGGCAGCAGACAAAACAGAGAAACUGUAUGUUGGUGAUGCAAUUUUGUCAGUAAAUGGGGAAGAUUUAAGGGAAGCAACCCAUGAUGAUGCUGUUAAGGCUCUGAAAAAGGCUGGGAGAAUUGUGGAAAUGGAAGGUAUUUUUUUAUGUACCCGGUAUACAAAUUAUUAUUUUAUUUUGAAGCCCUUUUUAUCCGUUCUAAUCCAUAUUUUGACAUUUUAAUAUCUUUUUAUAAAACUUGUGUAAGAAGAUUCAUAUUAAGUUGACCCUCUUUAAAUGUCACUAAUUAGUUCUGUGGGAAAUCUACCCAUGUUAAAUUUAGGUAAAUUAACAGUUUCCAGCAAUUAAAAUGUAACAUUUGCUGAAGUUUUAAAUUUAGGUCUUUUUAAAUGUUCUUAUAUUUACUCCUGUAACCUUAUGAAUGUUAAGUCACAUGACAUAUCAUUUUCAUUCAAAUUGAACAAAGGCUAAGAUAAUAAUAAGCUCAAUUUUUUUAUAUUGUUAUGAAUGUGGCAUUGUUGGUAUUGUAUAUGCAAAACUUUGAUAUGAUGGAGAUGUGGAGGAUUCUUUUUGGGAAUAGUCUCCAGCAAAAUUAUCAGUAAUGAAUCUCUUUGAGAGAUGAUGCUUCUUUCAGUAGAAGUUGCAAAAAAAAUCUUUUGCCAGGGGUUUGAAGAAAAAUGAUUACAGUGAUAUUGAUUUUCUCUCAUGCAACAGCUUAUUUAAAUACUACUCAAUGCUGUAUUCCAAUAAAGCAGAUGUUAACUAAUUCCUUCUCAGUAAUCAAGAAAAUGCUCUCUUACUCACCACCUUCACAUUUAGAUUUCUUUGUCAUCUUUUGGGAGCUUGAAUGAAAGUAAACCUGAAAAAAGUGCUCAAGAAUUAAGAUAAAAACAUUCAGGCUAAAGGAGAUUUUGACACUAAAUGAAAACUUCUGACUAUCAUGUUAAACAAAUCUCAAGUGUACUGUGCUAGUAUAUAUUUUAAUUUAUUUAUUCACCUUGUACACUUCUGAUGUGUAAGCUUUUACUAUAAAGUUACUGUUGAGAUGUUUUUCACCAUUGAAUUUUAAUGACUCUGUUUUUAUUUCCACAGUAAAAUACCUCAGAGAAGUUACACCUUAUUUUCGAAAGUCAUCCCCGCUCAAUGAAUUAGGAUGGGGCACACAAGACUCAGCUCAGAAAGAUGGUGCUAAAUCCAGUUGGUCAGAAACAAAAACUUUGCCUUUAAAGAUGUGCUAUUUAUGCAGAAAUUUGACUGUCCCAGAUUCAGAGAAAAGGACAUUGGAGUUACACUCCCCAGAUGGCAAGGGGGUCUGUACCUUACGCUUUCCUGAUCCUGCAACAGCUUCUGAUUGGUUUAAUGCAGUUCAUUCAAAUGUCAUGAUGCUAACUAAACAAGCUGUUGAAGAUGCAAAUGAAAUGUUGAGGUCUGCUCCUAAUCAACAUGAAAUAAGACACAUGGGUUGGUUGUCAGAGCAGGUAAGGAACAUAAAUUGUUUCACUGGAUCAUUGAAUGUUUUUUUUAAAUUUUGUUUAUCCCAAUGUAAAAUUUAGAAAAUAUUUGUUUAUUUUUUAAUUUAUUUUUUUGCCAUUCUUUCAAAGAAAUUUAAAGCUUAUAAUUUUAACGUCACAAACUGAGUGUCAUAGUUUUUAUUUUAAAUAAUUUUUUUUUUUUUUUGCCUAGUACUUGGUGUAUAAAUUGGAUCAUGAGGUAUGAUGCUGUUUACUCUUAAUUUAGUGAAAAUGUGGACCCUAUAGUUUUCAAACUUUUUAUGAUUGUCUAUUAAAUUUUUUCUUCAAUCAGCUCCCAGGAGAACAAGGAACCACUUUAUGGAAACCUGUGUUUAUGGCACUCACAGAUAAAGAUAUUUUACUCUAUGAUACAGCGCCAUGGAGCAAAGAAGAAUGGGCCACACCAUUUCAAUCUCACCCACUGUUAGCAACAAGGUAAGAAAUAGUUCAUUUUCUUUUUAAUUCCAAGAGCUUUGUUUUUAAAAACUCAAAGUUUUUUUUUUAUUUUAUGAUACUAUUAAACUGGAUUAGAUUUGUGUUUUCAGCUUGAUUUUAAUAUUAACAUUUGUUUAAAGUUCAAUUACUUGCUGUUUAAAAAUGAUUUUGAAGUUUUUAAGACUUCAAUGGUACUUUGUUUAAAAGAUAAGAUACUACAUAUUAUUAUGUGUAUCUGUAAUCCCUAUCAGGCUAGUCCACUGUGGUAAACAAAGUAGUCAGAUGACUGGUGCAGAUGUGAUGUCUUUCGGUACAAGGUCUGGUUCAAGGAAUGGUGUAGAAGUGCACAUAUUUCGUGUAGAGACACAAAGAGACCUGGCAUUCUGGUCCCGUGCCUUGGUGCAAGGUUCUCAUGGUGCUGCCAUUAUCACAAAACAAGUGUCUUGCUGUAAGUCGUGGGGUGCAUUUUAUGAUUUUUCCUUAGUGGCGUCCAGUGUGCAGUCUGUUUAAAUUAAAUGUUCCCCCACGUCCCCUACUAAAGCUGUCAAAUUUGAACCAUGAAGCCAAUAUCUGUAAAAAAAAAUAAUGAUACAGAUUCAACACCAAAAGAAAUUCUCAUAAUUAUAAAGAUUUUUAAAAAGAAUUAUGUUUUACCAAUUUUAGAAAUUGAUGUCAAUUGUCAAUGUAUAUGUAUCAUUUAAACAUAUUUCGGUAGUGUGAUAAUGGUCCGUACAAUAAUAACACUUCAAAAUAAAGAUUAAAACCCAAUGAGCUGCAUUUUCUAUGAGCUGUAUUAUAAAUGUGUAGGUAAACAUUUUCACAAUCAUGUUAUUCAAGUAAGUAGUUGACUUUGUUGUUGUUGAGAAUCUGUAUUUCCAAGUCGUGCUAAACUAUAAAAGAAAUAGCUAAGAGUUCACCUUCAUAACCAGACACACAUAAAUAACUGUUGUCUCUUCUAGGGUGCUGUUAUAGUAAUGUUAAUCUCUCAAAUUUAACAUAACAGCUGCUGUAUGGAAACACAAGAAAGCUAAACUGACUGUUCAUUAUGAAGAAGGUUUCACUCUUAGGGAAGAAAUUGAAGGGGCCGAAGGUCCAGGAGAAAUACUGUGGGCUCACCCUUUUGAGAAUCUACGCAUGUCAUCUGAUGAUGGUCACAGAUUAUUGUGGCUUGACUUUGCAGAUAUAGGAGAACAAGUAAGAAUUUAUCACCUUUUGGAUAGUUAUGUACUUAUUGCAAAUCAUUUAAACCUUUUUUUUUUUAACUUGUUGAUUAUGGUUUAAUCCUGCCACCUCCCCAAAUUGUCUUGCAAUAAUAUCUCAGUGCCAGGUGAAAGCAUUGUUGAUCAGGGAAUGAUGACUUUGUAAUUAACUUAGGAUAUACCUGAUGUUCAAACAUACUUUUACCAAUUUCAAUACUGUUAGUUAUAUGGUUUGUAAUUACAAAAUCAGAGAGUAACAACAAAAUGAACAGAGAAAUGUAUAUUUGACUAACUAAACCUUUGUAUUUCAUAUACUUAUUAGGAGUAACCUAUUCUUCUCUACUUCAGGAACUGGAUCUUAACACAUGCCCAAAACCCAUUGUGUUCGUCAUUCACACUUUUCUGUCUGCUAAAGUCAGUCGAAUGGGACUUAUAGCCUGAUAAUAACUUUAUGGAACUAAUAUUUAUGGAUUCUAGAAUUUUAAAUUAGCACUGAUAUUAUUAUAAAUUUGGAUGUUGUUGUUUUGCUGGCAGUGAUGAAUAAUAUUUGGUGGCACAUACCGAUAUGCUCUAACGCCUCUUGUUUUCUAAAAAUGAGGUCCUCCAACCUCUUCAAGACUUUAUUAAUUUUUUCACAGAAAAUAUAUUUACACCACAAAACAUUGAUUAGUGUCAACCAAAAUAAUAGUUUUGUUUGACCCUGAAUUCUUCUAAGUGAUUUGUGGUCCAGAUUAGUUUCCUUAGAGGGCACUCGAUCUGUUAUUACUGGUCUUAAAAACUCUGUUGCUUUUAAUUUUAAGUCUUUUUGUAAAUGUUGCAAUAAUAAAAUUAGUUUACUUUGUAGCUUACAUGUACCUUAUUAAAAUAAGUUAGAUCUUGGGUAUUUAAGAGUGCUUUUUAAAAUUCUUAUGGUUGUCUGAUACAGAUUUGCCUUUAUUUUAUGUUUUUAACUUUAUAACCUCACACACACACACAAAAAUCAACUGAAUACAAUGCAUUUUUAUGUGGGUGGGAUAUCACCUGCCAUAACUUGGAAAUGAACUGUUAGGCCUGCCAUAAGUGUUCUAAUCCAUUGACUUUUUGGGACAACAGUUCAGGAAAACAAAUUUAUUAAAAUGUAUUCUUUUUAAGCACUCCCAUAUUGUUGAUUCCUUAAUUGAAAAAUUAUUGUAAUUUUGCAUCUAAAUGUAAGGAUAUAAGUUCAUCAUGCCUUAGAUUUUAAUGGUGAUUUCAGAAUAGUUAAUAUGCUUUGAACUAUGUUAUUAGUACUGGUGCUCUUUUUGUAGUCACAAAUUAACGUAUUUUUUAAAAAUAGUUGCAUUAUAAUUUGUUCUGUGCUGCAAACACUUUUAACUUUUCGUUAUCAAGUGUUAAAUUGAAAUUAAGACAGAUUUUUAAAAAGUUUUUGUCAUUGUUACAUUAUUAUUAUUAUUUUUUUGCAAGCUUUAAAAUUUACAAUUUUGGACAAAAGCAUAAAGUUAUACAAUAUUUGAUGAACAGAACCCAAUUUUCAAUGGGUUCAAUGAUAAAGUUUGUUAAAAUGUAUCUGAUAACAUUCAUGCACAAAAUCAUCAUAAACGGUUAGGCCAUGUUGAAAUAAAAUGUUUGUUUUUUUAAAAAUUAAAAAAUUGGUGAAUAUUUCUCUAGACUUAAAAUGAAGACUUUAUCACUUUUCUUUUUACAUUUAAUAUAUUUAUCUUCAGUACUGAUACAUAAAGUCAGUUUUCUCAAUGAUACAAUUGUCUUAAAUGCAUUGAAUAGUUUUGAACUGUUAAAAAUUUGUGGCAAUAUUAACUCAUUAGUACCCAGAAGAAAUGUAAAGCUACAAAGAAUGUAAUAAAAAAACAAGCACACUUAGGAUCAGUGGCAUGGUCAGAACAUAAAGAAAGACACUGGUAAAAGCUCAACAUGAUUGUUCUAGAGAGCAUAUUUAGAAAAAAAGUUAACAAGCUUUCAUAGCAUAUUUGCCAGACAUUUAAUGUUUUUUUUAAAAUAGUUAAGUUUGUGAAAUACAACUGGUGCUACCUGCUAUAAUUUUAUUCAACUACUCUUUUCAAAAAAAAAUAUUUCUUAUACUGUAUAUACAACUGGAGAUGCCCUGCUUGUUUAUUUUUUUGUCUUUUAGCAAUAUAAAAAUUGCGUAGUAAUAAAUAGUGAAUUUAAAAUUGUUUUUAAUUGUUUUCCAGUGUUGAAAGGAUUCUGAAACUUAUGACAUGUCAAACAAAAUAAUGUUCUCAACAGUUAUCUAAUUAUGACUUUUAAAUUUCUUUUGUAAAAAAAAGUGCUGCAUUUCUUUACAGGAUAAAAAUGUAAAUUUGAGCAGCUUUUAUUUACGUCUUCAAAAAUUUUAUUAAUUCUUCAGUUAAUGUAAUAAUUGGCUAAAAGACAUGAUCUGCCUACUAUUCUUCUUUAAUAAAAUUCUCAAGAGUUCUGCCACUUAAAAUGUAUGUCUUGUUGACACGCGGGCCUUAACAUUACUCCAAAUAGGAACAACUCAGACAGGAUCUGGUCAGAGGUAUAGUAAUACAGUUUGUCUUGAAACAAGCUCAUGAUAAUGACAGACGUAUGUUUUCUUGGAUUUGAAGAUGGAACACACCAACUUCCUUUAUGAAUCCUAAUGUUGUGAAAUUAUUGAUUGUUGUGCUGAUUUUUUGUUUCUCUUGAAACUCAUUUUUCAUAAUUUUAUCCCAACUUGGUUGUCAUUUACACUCUAUUACAAAUAAUUUAUUCUAUCAACUUGUCAGUUGUAUACACUUUUGUUUUCAUUUACAAAGUUUUAUUAGCUGAAAUGAUAUCUUUAUUAAUUAAUGUUGUGAGAUAAAAAAGCAUAUACCGUACAUUAAUUUUUUAUGUAAUUUUGUAAAUAUUUUUAUUUUGUGCUUUUUUUGUGAGUUUCAGAUGUAUAAUGUCAUUGUAAAUAUGUUCCAAUUGGAAAAUGGUCUUUUAAAUUUAUUUUCUUCCUAGAUUAAAUUAAAUUAUCACUAUUUAAUUUAGUUUUACUAUUCUUUAGUUUAAUGUAAUUGAUUUGUAAAGCUCAUUCAUUGAUCCAUUUUUUUAAAUAUU